AUGGCGUCUGAUAGCAGCAAUCGCGAUACGUCUGACUUCGACGACGAGUUCGGAGCAGUAGAGUUGGCGCCAUCCCACAUGUCCGAUAUCGAGGUAUUUUGUCGGUUACUUGGUCACUCGACAGCAACAGUGAGGCAGAUGAAGAAGAACUUCUUCCCCAAAUCAAGAACCAGUGGUACACCCGAGCUGUGGGAUAAUAGACGCGGAGUCGAUGUCGUCCUUACAGACUCCAAAGGCGCAGAAUGGGGCGUACACAAGUCGGUUAUCUGCACAGGAUCCAGGCCGGUGGGCGACUAUCUAUACAAUACCGACAGGAACAACUUUGUCUACACAGAAGAUGGGAAGAUCAGGCUCGUAGUCGAAGGUUUUGAACCAUUCGCCAUCGACGCUUUCGUUCAAUCUGACUACUUCGGGAGCUACGUGCUCAGCAAAGCCAUGGCACUCAGCCGAGCGCGGAAGGUUCCAGGCACACCGCUCGCGAUAGUAGGCGGCGAGAUCGCCCCCGGCCUUCAACUUCUUCAUCACCUAGAAGUCCUUCGACUCGGUGAUCGUCUUCAGCAUGCAGUCGGAACGGAAGCGUUAGGGUACAUUCAGCUACUCUUGGGCCGUAAGACAAUCGGAUUGGUCGACUGGUUGACAUUCAUGCGUGCGGUAUUCCAUGGCCAGAUAGGGGAUACGACACUGGGCCAGCGACUACGUAUGGUUGUGGCAGCAUAUGCUGCGUACCAUGACAGUAUCUGGUUGGGACAUGAAGAGUACCGUAAGCUCUUCCGAGGUGCGCACAGCGACUUCGCAGGACUAUGCACUGAGGUGCGCCAUGCUCAGGCUGGACUUGUCAUUGAUUCAGCAGCUUCCUACGUCACAGCUUCUCAGCACAUGGGACGUAUGGCAAUUUCUUCACUCUCUGGCGAAAUUUCCUUGGAAUUUGCCAUCUCUGCACAUGCUCAUAGUGCAGCUGUAUCCAGUGCCCUGAGCAUCGAGCAUGCUGCACCGCCACAAGCACCGCCACAAGUGCAGCCACCUGUCCAGUCGCAAGUGCAACAAGCACAACCACCUGUACAGCCAUCUACUAGAAGUCGGGACGAUAGGCUAAGAGUGCCUCUUAUCCAGAGCAUGCUGGACGAACAGAAGGGCAUCAAAGGACCACAUGCACGAUAG